AUGUCGGCAUCGUGGCUGGUUCCAAUGUUCGAUGCGGCUAACGUAGGGGAUCUUUGUCAUCACGAUGUUUGUUCGAAGCAUGUCAAGUCAUUACUUGUCGCGAGGAGAUUGCAGAUGGUGACUUCAGCUGGUGGUCAUUCUUAUCUAGAUGAACCAGAUUUGAGGUCAAAUCCUUUUCAAGAGGGAGGGGAUGAUGCGAUCAUGGAUGAGGAGGUUCAGAAAAAGCAGCUUUUGGCCGAGGAGGAAGAUGGAAUGGAGCAGCUUGUAGCCGCGGAGGGACUUGAAGCCGCGCAGCUUGUACCUGAGGAGAUCAAAGCCAUUCCAACUGUCCCAGUGACCCGUUCACAAACUAAGGCACUAAACCAAGUGAUUGGCAAAGUCCUUAGCUGUUUGAGUCAGCAAGAAACCAAACCUACUACCCUAGUUUGUUUGGAAGCCUUACAUGUGGAAUAA